GUGUGUGUGUGUGUGUGUGUGUGUGUGCGUGUCGCGCUGUGAGUGUGUGAACAUUAGGGAUGGGUGAUAUCUUAUCAUUUCUGAUAUAGUGGUAAAAAUUCUCCCCGUGAUAAGAAUUAGUCUUUCCUCAGUAAUAGUGCGAGAAGAACAGCAUGUAGAUAAAAGUCUAGUAGUUGAUGUGUUCGGGGCGAGGUGGACCUGACUUUAUCUCUACACUAGGACCUCCUUCUACAGGCUGGAAAUACUCUGGUCCUGGAUUGCGACAAAAUCUAUCUCCAAAUGAACUUCAUACAUUGGUGGAGUGUUACUUUUAGUGAUCAGACAUGGUUUCAUCACAGAAUGAGGCCGAAAUCAUACUGUUUUAUGUCAACAAGGAUUGCUUUAUGAAUAUAUCCUCACUUUAUUUCUGUAGUCCACUUUACGUUCUCCUAACCGUCAGUAACUACACGUCAACCAGCAGUCACUAGAGUAUUACUAGACCGUCUGCUCAACUCUUUAUUUUGAUGAGUCCACAACAUUUACAUUUAGUCGUUUUGCAUUUAUGCUUUUACCCAAAGUGAAUUACAAUCAGGGAAUAUAUGAAGCGAUUAAUCUUAAUAAAUCAAACAGACAGGAAGUGCUCGUAAUACCUGAGGUGCUGCUCAAAUAAGUACAAGCUGGAAAGGAAUAAAUAAAGACAACGUUUUUUUUAGUAUAUAUGAAUUUAGGAUGACGUCAAGUAGUGAGGAAUGAGAUGAGUUUUCAUCUGCUGUUUGAAGACCGGGAUCCAGCUCCAGAUAGGAGUGAGAAGAUCAUUCACCAGCGAGGAACAGAGAAGGAGAACGUUCUGGAGAGAUGAUACACUACAGACUGGUGAUGAGAAACCUUACAAUGCUGUCGAGGAGUGUGUGCUGCAUCUCAGUCUCGGCUCCGGCGGAGGUCAGCGUGGUCAGAGGAGGCACGGUGACCCUGACCUGCUCCUUCAGCUCCUCCAGCAGAAUCACCAGCCUCAUGUCCAUCGACUGGACCUUCAGACCCGACAGCGGCGGCCCCGCCAAGACCAUCUUUCACUUCUUUUCUCAAGCGUACCCGUCGGAGGAGGAUUAUUUUAAGGGUCGUGUGAAGUGGGCCGGGAGCCCGUCGCGGGGCGAAGCGUCCAUCCAGCUUCUAAACGCCUCGCUCACUGAUAACGGCACGUACACCUGCACCGUACGCAACCCUCCUGACGUCCACGGACAGCCGGCCCAGACCGUCCUCACCGUCACACACAAGAGGCUGUCUCUGAUGUUCACGGACGUGGGCGUGCUGCUGGUGUUUGUUCUGGCUCCGUCAGGAAUCAUCACGCUGGUGCUGCUCGCUCGAAUGCUGUGUCCCUGCUGGACCGAGUCCGAGAGGAGCCCCGCCGCCUUUCACUCGCCCAUCGAGGAGGUCACCGGGGAGGACUUCUUCUACGACCAGACCCAGCAGAAACCAACCCUGUGCUGCUGCUACUUUAAGGAGGAUGAAUACGAGGACCACUACAUGAUGCAUGAAAAACCACAUGAACACACCUUCACCGAGUCACAGUGUUAGACCAACAACUGCUUUGUGUGUGUGUGUGUGUGUGUCCAUUUGUGUGUGUUAAGAGUGCGUGUGUGUGUGAGCGUGUGUGUGUGAGCGUGUGUGUGUGAGCGUGUGUGUGUGAGUGUGUGUGUGUGUGAGCGUGUG